CUCUAAGCCAAGCCGGUCGCACUUCAAAAAUUCUCCAAUCAUUCGAACCGAUCGCGACGAGGCGACACGCGCUUUUUAUAACGACUAUCCAAAUCUCCGACCCAGAUAACUUGGACCAUCUCCCCCCCCCUCCCUAAUACCGUCCAUUUCCAAUCGCGAUCGAAAUUGGUGUCGCACGCGUUUGGUCAGUGGAGCUAUAAGUAACUUAGUUUCCAAUUCAGUCUCACAAAAGAGUGCAAAAAAUAAGAGACUACGACAUAAGAGCAAGAAAUUUAAGGCGAGAACGAAUUAGAAACAAUAAAACAAGCACCAAACAUAAACCUAGGAAACUCAAAUCGGGGCCAAAAUAGUCAAGAUGCAGACAGGCUACCGCCCUUACCCGCAGCAACAGGUGCCGCCUCAGCAGCAGCAGCAACAGCAGCAGCGUACCCCCCAUACGGCCGGACAGCGACGAGGAGGCAUUGGUCCCAUGAUGUCGUCCGGUCCUCAUCAUCAAGUCCCCCUGACUCAGGCGCAAAUCGCCCAGCAGCAGCAGGCCGCCGCUAUACAGGUCGAGAUGGCUAAGCGGCGCAGUCGCAAGCCAACCGAUAAGAACCUUCCAGACAAUAUCGACGAGUGCGCUGUUGGGGAUAUGGCGGUGAGGUAUCGAGAGCUUAGGGAUUUUGAGAGAAGACUCGAUGCGACAAUGACGAGGAAACGGCUUGAUAUCGUUGACUCGGUAAAUCGAAGCGUCAAGCGCUGGAAGACACUUCGAAUCUGGAUUACCAAUACGGCGGAAGACCAAGUUUGGCAAGGGAAUAGCAUCGAUGUCGAUACCUUCGAUUUUAGUUCAAAUCUGGAGCCCACGUAUCGCGUCAAGAUUGAAGGACGAUUGUUGGAUGAUGACGAUGAUCUCGACAAGGACGAUGACAGUGAAGAUAACACGGGCGGAUCCGAUGACGUCGACCGUAUGGAGGAAGACACGAAACCGAAGCCGAAGACCCCGAAGUACAGGUUCUCUCACUUUUUUAAGGCUCUGAGCGUGGACUUCCCUAGCAAUCGAAAGGAUAUCGACCAGGUCGUCGAAUGGAAGAAACCGGAGAGGACUGGUCCUUCGUCGAGUCUUCCCGCCUCUGCCGACUUUGAUGAACUGACAUUUAAGCGCAGUGGAGACGAGAACCUCAAUAUUACCAUCAAUCUUUACAGGCAUGAAGAACCCGAGCGAUACGCCGUCAGCCCGGAGUUGGAAGACAUCGUCGACAUGCCAGAAGCUACACGACAGGAGAUCGUGAUGGGAAUAUGGGAAUACAUUAAGCUGAUGGGGUUACAAGAGGACGAGGAGAAGCGCAACUUCCGAUGUGACGACUUACUGAGAAAAGCUUUUGGUAUCGAGACAGGUUCGAUUCCGAGGCUGCAGGAAUACAUUACACCGCAUUUGAAACCCCUACCUCCGGUCAAGCUUCCCUACACAAUCCGACUGGACGAGGAGUUUCACAAAGACCCGCAACCUACCGUCUACGAUGUUCGCGUCGCUGUAGACGACCCAUUGCGUGAGAAGAUGUCUUCGUUCCUUAGCAACUCCGGCUACGCGAAUAUGCUGAAGGAAGCCGCUUCCCUCGACGAUCAGCUCGCUAUCAUCAUCCAUGCGAUCCACGUAUCGAAAGCCAAGCAUGCUUUCCUAACGUCUCUCAGCGAGGACCCUGCUAAUUUUGUAAGAGACUGGCUAAGUUCUCAGAAGCGUGACCUCGAUGUGAUUAUGGGAGAAUCGAUGAGAGGCACUGGCGAAGAUGCCACCGGAGACGAGUGGAGAAAGGGAGGCAAGGAUAGUAUCUGGUCUACCGUCAACGCUCGUGAAAGUGUUACUGUGAUGUUGUCCAAGCAGCCUGUUCUGCCACAACGGUAGGACUUGAAUUAUUUCAUCUAGAACUUGUGAAACAGGAGGAAAGGAUAAUACGACUUGAGUAAUAGUCAUGGUAAUGGCGUAUGGCGUGCUGGUUUGUGGUCUAGGAUUACGGACUACGCUCGUAACUUUCUAGAUGAAAGGGGGGAUUAGCUCGAGGAAAGAGGUUCUAUAUCCCUGUAUUAAUAGAAUUAGUAUCAGCGAGGAAAUAUUUUUAGGUACCUGAUCCAAGGGUCAGUGUCGUCGUCGGAAGACAAUCCACGAUCGUUUUUGAUGGAUAUUUGUUUAUAUGCUACGUCAUUGGCCCAAUGUUAUAUGCAACGGCUAGCUAGCCUCGGUCUUUAUAGUCUUAAGCCCGAGAGCUUUUGGCUUUAA